GGGAAGCCAGAGGCCCGCCAGUCUCGGCGCGCAGGCGGCGGGCCGCGGGCACCGUGCGCGCCGGGCGGGGUGGUCGCGGCUCGGGGCUCGGCGCUCGGCGCUCGCGCGCACUUCAGCGAUGGCUUCUCCGCCCCGGCGGCGGCUUCGCCUUCGCCCCCGCCGCCUCCUGCUCCUGCUCCCGGGAUUCCUGCUGCCUCUCUGCGGCGCCUUCAACCUGGACGUGGACAGCCCUGCUGAGUACUCCGGCGCCGAGGGAAGUUACUUCGGCUUCGCGGUGGAUUUCUUCGUGCCCAGCGCGUCUUCCAGGAUGUUUCUUCUGGUGGGAGCACCCAAAGCAAACACUACCCAGCCUGGGAUUGUAGAAGGAGGGCAAGUCCUCAAGUGUGAUUGGUCUUCUCACCGCAGGUGCCAGCCAAUUGAAUUUGAUGCAACAGGCAAUAGAGAUUAUGCCAAGGAUGAUCCGUUGGAAUUUAAGUCCCAUCAGUGGUUUGGAGCAUCUGUGAGGUCAAAGCAGGAUAAAAUUUUGGCCUGUGCCCCACUGUACCACUGGAGGACUGAGCUGAAACAGGAGAGGGAGCCUGUCGGAACAUGCUUUCUUCAGGAUGGAACGAAGACUGUUGAGUAUGCUCCAUGCAGAUCAAAAAAUAUUGAUGCUGAUGGACAGGGAUUUUGUCAAGGAGGAUUCAGCAUUGAUUUUACUAAAGCUGACAGAGUACUUCUUGGUGGUCCUGGUAGCUUUUAUUGGCAAGGUCAGCUCAUAUCGGACCAAGUGGCAGAAAUUGUAUCUAAAUAUGACCCUAAAGUUUACAGCAUCAAGUAUAAUAACCAGUUAGCAACUCGGACUGCACAAGCUGUUUUUGAUGACAGUUAUUUGGGUUACUCUGUGGCUGUUGGUGAUUUCAAUGAUGAUGGCAUAGACGACUUUGUUUCAGGAGUUCCAAGAGCAGCGAGGACUUUGGGAAUGGUUUAUAUUUAUGAUGGGAAAAAUAUGUCCUCCUUACACAAUUUUACUGGUGAGCAGAUGGCUGCAUAUUUUGGAUUUUCUGUCGCUGCCACUGACAUUAAUGGGGAUGAUUAUGCAGAUGUGUUUAUCGGUGCACCGCUCUUCAUGGAUCGUGGUUCUGAUGGCAAACUCCAAGAGGUGGGGCAGGUCUCAGUGUCUCUGCAGAGAGCUUCGGGAGACUUCCAGACAACCAAACUGAACGGGUUUGAGGUCUUUGCGAGGUUUGGCAGUGCCAUAGCGCCUUUGGGAGAUCUAGACCAGGACGGCUUCAAUGACAUCGCAAUUGCUGCUCCCUAUGGGGGUGAAGAUAAAAAAGGAAUUGUUUAUAUUUUCAACGGCCGGUCCACGGGCUUGAACUCGGCGCCAUCGCAGAUCCUCGAAGGGAAGUGGGCGGCCCAGAGCAUGCCCCCAAGCUUCGGCUACUCCAUGAAAGGGGCCACCGACAUCGACAGAAACGGAUAUCCAGACUUAAUUGUAGGAGCUUUUGGUGUAGAUAGAGCUGUCUUAUACAGAGCCAGACCGGUCAUCACUGUAAAUGCUGGCCUUGAAGUGUAUCCUAGCAUUUUAAACCAAGACAAUAAAACCUGCCCACUGCCUGGGACCGAUCUUAAAGUUUCCUGUUUUAAUGUCAGAUUCUGCUUAAAGGCCGAUGGCAAAGGAGCACUUCCCAUGAAACUUAACUUCCAGGUGGAGCUUCUUUUGGAUAAACUCAAGCAAAAAGGAGCAAUUCGACGAGCACUGUUUCUCCAUAACAGGUCCCCGGGUCACUCCAAGAACAUGACCAUUUCAAGGGGGGGCCAGAUGCAGUGUGAGGAACUGGUAGCAUACCUGCGGGAUGAGUCUGAAUUUAGAGACAAACUCACUCCAAUCACUGUUUUUAUGGAGUAUCGGUUGGAUUACAGAACAGCUGCUGAUUCCACAGGCUUGCAGCCCGUGCUUAACCAGUUCACCCCCGCCAACGUCAGUCGACAGGCUCAUAUUCUCCUUGACUGUGGGGAAGACAAUGUUUGUAAACCCAAACUCGAAGUUUCCGUAGAUAGAGAUCAAAAGAAGAUCUAUGUUGGGGACGACAACCCUCUGACAUUGAUUGUGAAGGCUCAGAACCAAGGAGAAGGUGCUUAUGAAGCUGAGCUCACCGUUUCCAUCCCACCACAGGCUGAUUUCAUCGGGGUUGUCCGCAACAGUGAAGCCUUAGCAAGACUUUCCUGUGCAUUUAAGACAGAAAACCAAACCCGCCAGGUGGUAUGUGACCUCGGAAACCCAAUGAAGGCUGGAACUCAACUCUUAGCUGGUCUCCGUUUCAGUGUGCACCAGCAAUCAGAGAUGGAUACUUCUGUGAAAUUUGAUUUACAAAUCCAAAGCUCCAAUCUUUUUGACAAAGUAAGCCCAGUUGUAUCUUACAGAGUUGACCUUGCUGUUUUAGCUGCUGUUGAGAUAAGAGGAGUCUCAAGUCCUGAUCACAUCUUCCUUCCGAUUCCAAAUUGGGAGCACAAGGAGAAGCCGGAGACUGAGGAAGACGUCGGGCCGGUCAUCCAGCACAUCUAUGAGCUGAGAAACAACGGUCCAAGUUCAUUCAGCAAGGCAAUGCUAACUCUUCAGUGGCCUUACAAAUAUAACAACAACACUUUGUUGUACAUCCUCCAAUAUGACAUUGACGGGCCCAUGAACUGCGCUUCAGAUGUGGAGAUCAAUCCUUUGAGAAUUAAGGUGUCAAAUUCGCAAGCAGCGGAGAAGAACGACACCGGUGCUGGGCAAGGGGACCGGAACCAUCUCAUCACUAAGCGGGAUCUGGCUCAGAACGAAGGAGAUGUUCACACUUUGGGUUGUGGAAUUGCUGAAUGCUUGAAGAUUGUCUGCCAGGUUGGGCGACUAGACCGAGGAAAGAGUGCAAUCCUGUAUGUAAAGUCUCUCCUGUGGACCGAGACCUUUAUGAAUAAGGAAAACCAGAAUCAUUCAUACUCUCUGAAGUCAUCUGCUUCAUUUAAUGUCAUCGAGUUUCCUUAUAAGAACCUUCCAAUUGAGGAUAUCUUCAACUCCACAUUAGUCACCACUAAUGUCACCUGGGGCAUUCAGCCAGCGCCCAUGCCUGUGCCUGUGUGGGUGAUCAUUUUAGCUGUUCUGGCAGGAUUGUUAUUAUUGGCUGUUUUGGUGUUUGUGAUGUACAGGAUGGGCUUUUUUAAACGUGUUCGGCCACCUCAAGAAGAGCAAGAAAGGGAACAGCUUCAACCUCAUGAAAAUGGUGAAGGAAACUCAGAAACUUAACUGUGAUCUUUUCAGUUAUGCUACAUCCUGACCCAUUAGAAUUAACAGCGUUAUUAUAGAUUUCAGUUUCCUUUAUGAGGACUAAAAUUCCAAGACUUGACUGCUGAUGGUGCCCAUUGGUAUUAACCACAAAACGAGAGCAAUAUCUGUCAACCAUUUUGUUAUAGAGAAGUUCAGACAUACAGUUAAUACACAUUCAUUGACUUGUGUUUUAGGUAUUUAAAUAAUAAAAUUUCAAGUGAUAGUUCUUUAAUGUACAUAACAUAGUGCCUGAGUUACCACUUUAUGUAAAAUAGUACCUCCUAUAAUUACUGUUUCUGGUUUGUAUGUUGGAUUUUGUUGUUUGUUGUUGUUGUUAUUAUUAUUCUAAAGCUAUUCAUAUUUGGACCUUAGCAUCCACAUUGUUUGCACAAGUACUUAAUGUUAAUAUUCAUUACACUAUAGUUGAGUUUUCAAGUUAUGUAAGACUUUAUAACUCCGAGAACUUGGAUUUUAAUAUUACCUACAUGGUAAACUUAAAAAAAAAAAAAGUUGACCUUCUCAAAAUUCUUUCCUAGGGAUAGUGUUUUGUUUUAAUAUGAAAUUUGGAUACAUGCUAUUAAAUUUUUAUUUCUAUUUAAUCCACAGUCCAUUUUACUACAUUCUAAUUAUUUAAGUUUAAAUUGUGUUUCAAAUACUUUAAGUCAACCUAUACUAAAAAUUAGUACUUAAAUCAUAAAUGCCUCUUUUGUGUAAUGGCUUAAUUUCAGCUAAACAUCAUGAUGCUUAAAGCCAUAUGGAGUUGGAAAUCAUUUCCAAAGUGCAUUUAUUCCAUUGUAUUAGUCUGGCCAUUUACCAUACAAAAUAAGAGCAUUUUAAUUUAAAACUUAUGUUUGUAGUUCUUUGAUAGGAUUGCUUAUUAAUAGUAUGUUCUUAGAUUAGAUCUAGAGUUUUUAGUUGGGAUUAAUUUAUUUUCCUCCUAUAGAUGUAUUUUUUCUUGUAUUUCCAAAACUGUUACUGGCAACAGGUCAAGAUCAAUGAGGAAUCUUUGGAACCCCUCAACCCCAUGACAAAUGCUUAGGAUUGAAAUUCUUAAAGUAGCAAUAGCGUGAUGCUUCUUACUGAUAUUACCUCAUUUUGAGCAAGGUGUAAUCUGUUAAACCAAUCUCAGCUCUCAAAAUAACUUCUAAAAGCUAUUUUUAUAAGCAAUUCAAGUUAUUGGAAACAUUUUAAAACUUUCUUAGGUUUAUUACCAUAAAUUACUUUUCUAGGACUUUUUUAUAAAAGCUGCAUAGGUGGCAAGUUGUAUUUUUAUAUGUCUGUAAGGUGAUGAAUUUUCUAGAGGAAUAUGUGAUUUAUUCACAGUUCUUCAAAGCCUUGGGAUGACUAUUAUAACUAUUUUUGUGCAAUUACAUCAUGUUAUGCAUUAGCAAUUGAGGGUUAAUAGCUUUUAAACUGCUGUCUUCGUUAGGUAAUAAUAAAUAUUUCCCUUAAAUAAUUGAAUAUUGUUCUGUUUUAAAAACAAUUGGAAUUUAUCUUGCCAUGUCUUGUGUUAUAAUUUCCUAUACAAGUGGCUUUAGUCAUAAAAUAGAGGCACAUGUAGGUGAGUUAUACAAGUUAGAACAUUGACAGGACCCUGUAUUUAGCUUUAGUGAAUUUCAAAAGUAAUAGAUUUUAUAAUAUAGAUUUUAUUAGUAAUUUAAGAGAUCUUAGUCAUAUUCAGUGGGUAAUUUUAUUACCAGUAAAUUUAAAUUUUUUAAAGAAAACAAUAUUUUUAUCCUAGGGCCUGCCACCAGUCACUAAGUUGUUCUAUAACAACUUUCACCUCACCUGUCUCCCCACAUAUUAACAGUAAUUCCUGAAAAUAUAUAUUGGAUAGAAAUUUACUCUUUUCAAAAAAAAGUUUGUAUUUCCUUUUGUACAAUCUAUUCCUUUUAUGGAUGCUAUUUCAAGGUAUAAUCUUGUAUAGGAGGUUGAAGGAUGUUGUCAUUAGAAUUUAACAUGUUUUAAGUUGCCUUUAUGAAUUGUAGUCUUAGGCAAUGGUAUUUUCUUUUAAAAAUUAAAAUUUACAUCUAAAAAACAUGGUAGAAGUAUAAUUUAAGAGCCUCCUCUUUGAGGAAAAUGUCUAGAUUCCUUUAUCUUAAAGUAGUAAGUGAAUAUAUUUGGUUAAAAUGUCAAAAAAUAAUC